CACAGACAGGGCGAGUUGAUCGCAGAACAAUUCACUUUCGUUUCUGCAUUAGUGCGAGCGAGAGCCUUGCAGAUCAGGGGACUCGUCUGCUCCAGCAUCGACACAACAACCCAGUUACAGUGAAUACAGAGAAUCAUGGUGUUCGAGUCUCUUGUCGCAGACCUUCUUAACAAGUUUAUAGGGGACUAUGUGGAAAAUCUGGACAAGUCCCAACUCAAGCUUGGCAUUUGGGGAGGCAAUGUGGUUCUUGAAAACUUGAAAGUCAAAGAAAAUGCAUUGAGUGAAUUCAACGUUCCUUUCAAAGUAAAGGCAGGGCAGAUUGGUAAGCUGAUUCUGAAGAUCCCGUGGAAGAAUCUGUAUAAUGAUGCUGUAGUGGCAACCUUAGAUGGCCUUUAUCUUCUUGUUGUUCCUGGAGCAACUGAGACUGGUAUAGGUAUUAAAUAUGAUGCAGCAAAAGAGGAUAAAUACCUACAGGAGGCCAAACAGAAGGAACUGCUGCGCAUUGAAGAAGCCCUACAGAUGGCUGCAGCGAGAGGCACUCAAACUGGAGACUUCUUAUUCGAUUUGGAAAGCUAUGUGUAUAAGGAUGUCAAGCCAGGACGUAAGCAUAAAAAGUAUAAAAAACACUUUAAGAAAUCUAAACGACGUGAGCACAAGCAAGAGAAUCCUAAAGAUGAGAAGAAGGAUUCAUUUCAAGAAAAGCUACUUACUCAGGUCAUAAAGAAUCUGCAGGUCAAAAUAACUAACAUUCAUAUCCGAUAUGAAGAUGAUAUUACAGACCCUGAGCAGCCUUUAUCGAUGGGUGUUACACUGGAAGAGCUCAGUUUACAGACAGCCGAUGAAAAUUGGAAGCCAUGCAUACUAAACAAUGCGGACAAAAUCAUCUACAAGCUUGUCCGUUUAGACUGCCUGUGUGCCUAUUGGAACGUGAAGAGCAGGAUGUUUUACCGUGGUACUCGGGAAGAUAUACUGGGACUGCUGAAAGAAGGAAUUGCUUCAAGUGUCAAGGAGCCCAAAGAUUAUCAGUACAUUUUCAGACCUAUAUUCGCUUCAGCAAAACUCUGCAUCAACCCUCAUGCUGAGAUCGAACUCAAGUCCCCCAAAAUGUACCUUGACAUGGAAGUCCAGAGUAUUGCUAUAGAGAUGACCAAGCCACAGUACCUCAGUAUGAUAGACCUUCUUGAAUCGGUAGAUUGUAUGGUCAAAAAUGCCCCCUACAGAAAAUACAGACCAGAACUACCACUCCAUAACAAUGCCAGAAAAUGGUGGGGUUAUGCCAUUACUAGCAUAUCAGAGGUCCACAUCAGGAGGCCCACUCAGAUGUGGCUCUGGAGCUCCAUCAAAAAGCACAGACAGCACCUUAGGGCUUACAAAACAGCUUACAAAACCAAACUAACACAAAGCAAGUGUGGCGAGGAAACAUUGAAGCAGCUUCAGGACUUGGAAAAGACCCUUGAUGUUUUUAAUAUCACGUUAGCCCGGCAGCAGGCACACGUGGAGGUGAUUAGGUCUGGGCAGAAGAUGUUAGAGAAGAAGGCUACGCAAAAGGAGAAGCAGGGAGGGGGGUGGUUCGGUGGCUUUUUUGGAAAGAAAGAAGGGAAGAAGAAAGCGCAAGAGGAGGAGUCAUCAGCACCUGAGAGUAUUGAUGAGUUUAUGACUGCAGAAGAAAAGGCUAAACUCUACACUGCAAUUGGAUACAGCGGCAGCUCCCAUAAUCUCGCUUUGCCCAAAGAGUAUGUUGCCAGUGUUAUGACCUUUAAGCUGCUAAGCACCUCCAUCACUGUGCGGGAGGAGCCUGGUGUUCCAGAGACACUGAAGGUGCAGAUGAUCUCCUUGAGUACCAGUAUCUCCCAGCGGCCAGGAGCACAAGCAUUGAAAGUGGAAGCUAAACUGGAACACUGGUAUGUAACAGGGCUCCAGCAGAGAGGUGCUGUUCCUUCUCUCAUCGCUUCUGUAGGAGAUGCCACUUCAUCUUUACUCCAUGUUCGCUUUGAAACCAACCCAGAGGGCAGCACUGCAGACCAGCUGCUAGUCGUCCAGUCUCAGCCCGUUGAGAUUAUUUACGAUGCCAGAACAGUGAUCGGCUUGGCAGAGUUUUUCCAAUCGGCCCAAGGGAUUGACCUUGAAAUGCUGACUUCUGCUACGUUGAUGAAGUUGGAAGAAAUCAAAGAAAAGACAGCAACAGGUCUCUCACAUAUUAUUGAAACUCGUAAGGUUCUUGACCUCCAGGUCAAUUUAAAGCCCUCCUACCUCCUUGUGCCGCAAACUGGUUUCUAUGAUGGGAAAUCAAAUCUCGUGAUUCUGGAUUUUGGUAGUUUGCAGUUAAACAGUGUGAAUCAAGGUGGUCAGCAGCCACUUUCCCCCAGCUUCAACUCUUUAGAAGAAAUCAUGGAUAGAGCCUAUGAAAAGUUUGACUUGGAACUCCAGAGUGUCCAAAUUCUUUAUUGCAAGUCAGGAGAGAGUUGGAAAGAUGCCUGUCACAAGAAGUCAUCGAAACUGCACAUUCUUCAGCCCAUGGAUAUUAAGGUGCAGCUGGCUAAGUCAAUGGUGGACAAGGAUGCCAGAAUGGCUAAAUUUAAAGUAUCUGGAGAACUCCCUUUGUUGCAUGUGAGAAUGUCAGACCAAAAAAUCAAAGAGGUCAUGGAGCUGACUGAAAGCAUCCCAUUACCACAGAGGCCAUCUACCCCGACUGACACUGCUAUGAAGGUACCAGCUAUUUCUUUAGCAGAUACUAGAACCAAAGUACGUUUUGAAAAAAGCUUGAAUGCCGCAGUGCUACUGGAAGCUGGUGACACCGCUUCCUCAGCAUCUGACGAGGAUAUCAGUGGGCACUCCCCAGGCAGACAUGAUCAACGACUGGCAUUACCGGGAGGUGAUGCAAAGGUGGAGCUCACUGACCUGCUGCUCAAGUUUGAAAUUAAAGAGGUACUUGUAGAGCUCACACGGCAGGAAAGCCAGGAGACUGUGCUGGCUCUGAACAUUGCUCAAUUGGGAACUGAAGUCAAACUCCGACCUUAUGAUUUAACAGUUACCUCCUAUUUAAAGAAAGUCACCUUGGAUUACUGUGAAAUAAGAGAUCCCCAAAAUCGGCCUAUUCAUUUAAUUAGUUCUUCAGAUAAACCUGGCUCAGACCUUUUGAAAGUAGAAUUCAUUAAGGCUGAUAACAGUGGCCCUAACUUCAAAGCAACAUUUGAUAAUACUGAACAAACGCUAAAGGUGGCAUUCUCAUCGCUCAACCUCCUGCUGCACACCCAAGCCCUGCUCUCCACCAUCAGUUUCAUGACAGCUGCUCUCCCUUCAAGCAUUCCGGGGUCAGCUGGGAAGGAUCAGCAGCCAAAGUCGCAAGGAGGGGACUCUGAGAAAGGGACUGUUGCAAAGACAGUGUCAAAAGGUUCAAAGGACAAGGCUAUCUUUGAUUUGAAGGUGUUUGCCGUGCUGGAUUCUUUCCAUGUUGUUGUGUGUGACGAGAGACGCAAGAUUGCUGAUAUAAAAGUCCAAGGUUUAGAUGCGUCUGUAUUUGUCCAGACAAGAGAGACACAAGUUUCUGCUAGACUCCGAGAUAUCAUUGUGACAGACAUUGAUUCAAGCACUAUCCACCAUAAGGCUGUCUCCAUCGUGGGAGAUGAAGUGUUCAGUUUCAACAUGGCGCUGUAUCCGAAUGCUACCGAGGGAGAUGCCUACACUGAUACCUCCAACGUGGAUGGGAAGGUGACUCUGAGAGUGGGCUGCAUUCAGAUUGUCUACCUGCACAAGUUCCUCAUGUCACUGUUAGAUCUUCUUAGCUACAAAUAUUCUUCAUCUUGCAAGAAAUUUGUUGAUAACUUCCAGACAGCAAAGGAGGCCCUGAGUGUGGCCACAGCACAGGCCGCAGAGAAAGCUGCCUCCAGCGUGCGGGAUUUCGCCCAGAAGAGCUUCCGCCUCUCCAUGGAUAUCAAGCUGAAGGCUCCGGUGAUCAUCAUACCCCAGUCAUCAGUCUCCCAGAAUGCAGUGGAAGUGGACCUGGGGCUGAUUACCGUGCAGAACCAGUUCUGUCUGGUCCCUGCAGACGGGUGCUCUCUGCCUCCAGUCAUUGAUAAAAUGGAUGUGCAGCUAACAAAGCUGAAGCUGUCCAGGGUUGUUUUGCAAGGGGGCUCCUCUCAGCCCAACAUUGAGAUAUUGCAGCCAAUAAACCUAGACCUGGCUGUGAACCGAAAUCUCGCUGCUUCUUGGUACAACAAAAUCCCUGCAGUGGAGAUCAAGGGAGGGUUAGAGACCAUGAAUGUUGUUCUAAGCCAGGAGGAUCUUGGAGUUCUGAUGAAAAUUUUGGUUGAAAACAUUGCAGAAGGCAGUAAAGAACUAAGUGGAGAAAACCUGACCAAUGUAAAAGCUGAAGAUAAAAGUAAGACGUCGGGGAUGAUCAAACUAUUAUCCAGUGCAGCAGGCGAGACAGGAAGCCCGCUGGUGAACGUGAACACAAGUAUCUGUGAAGAAGUUACUAAAGUGCUCCUCAGCUUUGAAAUCAAGGAGGUGGUGGUGAAGCUUACCAAGCCAGUGAAAGAGAAAGAGUCUCCAUUCCUGGUACUGCAUGUGUCAAAGCUUGGGACUGAAACUAAAGUGAGAAACUAUGACUUGAGUGCCACUGCCUAUCUAAAGAAAAUCAACAUGAAGUACCUUGGAUUUACAGGUGAACCUCUCAAUAUCAUCAGGUCUUCUGAUGAGCCGGGAGCGGAUCUUCUGAAAGUGGAAUAUUACAAGGCUGACAAAAAUGGGCCCGACUUUAAAACUGUUUACAACAACACCGAGCAGAUGAUCUCUGUGGCCUUUUCAUCUCUUGACCUGCUGCUGCACACACAGGCCCUUCUCUCCAGCAUUCAUUUCCUAACAGCUGCCAUGUCUUCAAGCAGCCUGCCCUCUGCUGAUAAGGAGCGAGAUUCAAAGAUACAGGCUGAAGAACAAAGCAAAAGCUCAGCAAUAAAGCCUGUGUCUGCUGGUUCAGAAACUGAUGGUGAUGUCAUUGACCUUAAGCUCACAGCUAAGCUUGGUGCAUUUAAUGUAUUAAUAUGUGAUGAAAACUGUGCCAUUGCUGACAUUAGGAUACAGGGUAUUGACGCCUCAAUAUCAAUGCAGUCAUCUCAAACUCAAGUUUUUGCCCGACUUAGAGAUAUCAUUGUCACAGAUGUUGACUCAAAGACUAUCCACAAAAAGGCUGUCUCCAUCGUGGGAGAUGAAGUGUUCAGUUUCAACAUGGCGCUGUAUCCGAAUGCUACCGAGGGAGAUGCCUACACUGAUACCUCCAACGUGGAUGGGAAGGUGACUCUGAGAGUGGGCUGCAUUCAGAUUGUCUACCUGCACAAGUUCCUGAUGUCUCUGGUGAAUUUUUCAAAUAACUUCCAAACUGCAAAGGAGGCCCUGAGUGUGGCCACAGCACAGGCCGCAGAGAAAGCUGCCUCCAGCGUGCGGGAUUUCGCCCAGAAGAGCUUCCGCCUCUCCAUGGAUAUCAAGCUGAAGGCUCCGGUGAUCGUCAUCCCCCAGUCGUCAGUCUCCCAGAAUGCAGUGGAAGUGGACCUGGGGCUGAUCACCGUGCAGAACCAGUUCUGUCUGGUCCCUGCAGACGGGUGCUCUCUGCCUCCAGUCAUUGAUAAAAUGGAUGUGCAGCUAACAAAGCUGAAGCUGUCCAGAAUUCUCCUACAGGAAGGUUCAGUUCAGCCUAAUAUUGAAUUACUACAACCAGUCAACUUGCGAGUGUCUGUGAAGAGAAACCUCGCAGCUGCCUGGUACCAGAAGAUACCUGCAAUAGAAAUCAAUGGAGAUCUGAAACCUAUGAAGGUGGCCCUGAGCCAAGAUGACUUAACUGUCCUGUUAAAAAUUGUGAUGGAAAAUAUUGGAGAAGCUGCAAAUCCACAGACAGAAACAAAGAGAUCUGCUGAUAGUGUGCAAAAGCAAGGUGGAGCUCAGGAUGGGUCAGAUCUGCCCAAAGGUUCUGCUCCAAAUAAAAAAGAAGAGUCUAAUGUGCUUGAGUUUAAGGAACCGUACGAAACGCUGAAAUUUGAUUUUAACUUUGAAUCGCUUUCCUUGGUACUUUACAACAGUGAUCCUACGCUGAAAGCACCGCUUUCCCAAAGACAGGAUAGCCUACGUCUUGGAGAAUUCAUCUUGCAUCUAAUGACCGCUUCUGGGAAAAUGUUUGAAGAUGGGGCCUUGGAGGCCUCUACAAAACUCACUGCCUGUACACUGGAUGAUUGUAGGCAAGGGAUCCAGAGGGUCACCUCAAGGAUGGUUGACAAGAAGGAUGAUGGGGGCGACAGCGUCAUGAUCGAUCUGAGUUUUACCCAGAGCCAGAGUGAGAGUUCAGUGGUAGCUGUGCUCCAGAAGCUGUACGUCUGUGCCAGUGUGGAGUUCCUGCUGGCCGUGGCUGAUUUCUUCAUCAAAGCCAUGCCUCAGGGUCCAUCAGCCACCCCUAACAAAUCCAACCAGCUGCAGCUGAAACAAGUGAAUGUGCCAAGGGCUGCCUCUGAAAAGGCCCCUGAUUCUUCUCGCUCCAAGAUGAAGAUUAAAGCUGUUGUUAUCGACCCUGAGGUUGUGUUUGUGGCCAGCCUGAUGAGGGCUGAUGCUCCGGCGCUUGCUGCCUCUUUCCAGUGCGAUUUCACCCUUGUAUCUGAGGGAGCAUCUCAAAAAAUGACAGCAAGUUUGAGGGAGCUGAAGGUCCUGGCCUGCCCUUUCCUCAGAGACAAAGGAGACAAGGCUGUCACCACGGUGUUGCGGCCUGCUUGCUUAACUCUUGAAACCAGACUGCAUCAAACAGAACCUUUGACUGCAGCUGUCACAGUGGAUGCAAUUGUUGUUAAGAUUUCCCCAAUGAUUCUCAACACUGUCAUGACUAUCGUGGCUGCCAUGACACCCAAGGCCCAGGAGGUGGGGUCUCAGGUGAAGACUGAGGAUGUCAGCAACUUGUGGGCCGUGAAGAAUCUUAACAAUUGCAGUUACUGGUUUCUGGGGGUGGAUAUGGCCAGUGAGGUCACAGAUAAGUUCAGCGAUAGAGAAGGCAGAGGUAUCGGGGAGAACUUGGUUGUUGACGUCAAGUUGGUUCAGGUCACCAUGGAGUCUGGGCUGGGCCAUCGCACUGUUCCUUUGCUCUUGGCUGAGUCAUCCUUCAAAGGAAAAGCCCAGGACUGGACUUCUUUACUUAAUAUCAGUGCAGACAUGACCUUGGAGGUCCAUUACUACAAUGAAAUGCAAGCUGCAUGGGAACCUCUCAUUGAACGUGUGGAAGAUGGCAGAAGACGAUGGAACUUGAAGCUUGAGAUGAAGAAUAAUCCCAUUCAGGAUAAAAGCCCAGUGCCAGGAGAUGAUUUUGUUGUUCUCCCUGAAGCCCAGACUGCCAUCAACAUCUGCGCAAAGGACACAAUGAACAUAACCAUAUCCAAGUGCUGUCUUCAUGUAUUCACUAACCUAGCCAAGGCUUUCUCAGAAGGCACCGCUACGACGUUUGACCACUCGUUAAAAGAAAAGGCCCCGUACACCAUCAAAAACGCCCUUGGCAUCCCCCUGCAGGUGCAGCACAGCAGCAAUCUGCGGGCCCUAGGCUUCGGGGCGAAAGAAAGGAUUCAUGAAGUGGGAGUAGGGCAGAGUGUGAAGCUGGAAUAUGCUGUCAUCGAGCAUAUUCACAGGGGGAGGCUGUCUGUACUCCAGCGCCAGGAGAGCUGCCUCUUCAGUCUCAGCAUUGUUCCCAAUGGUUACAGUGAAAUAGCAAAUAUUCCAAUAGCCAAACCGUCCCGACGUCUCUACAAUGUCCGCAGUCCUAUGUUUGAGGAUGCUGUGUCGGUGCUCACACAGAUAGAUGCAACCGAAGGCAAUAAAGUUAUAACUGUCCGCUCACCCCUUCAGAUAAAGAACCAUUUCUCCAUUCCAUUUGCCAUUUACAAGUUGUCAAUGAAGACCAGGUCACUUGAACCCGUUGGUGAAGCGGAGCCUGAAAAGGAGUUCCACGUGCCUUUGGAUUCAUACAGAUGCCAGCUGUUUCUGAGACCAGUGGGGAUGUUAGAUGGCCAGUUUAAGGAGUCCUCCACAUUCAUAGCCUGGAAGGAGGAGCUUCAUCGGAGCUCAGAGGUCAGGGCUGUGCUGCAAUGCCCCUCCAGUGAGAUAAACUACCUGCCUCUCAUAGUGAACACUGUCGCUGUCCCAGAUGAGCUAAGCUUCAUCUCCAGCCAUGGGGAGGAGGACUGGGACCCAGCCUACCUCAUUCAUCUCCGCCCCACUGUGACCAUCCGAAACUUACUGCCAUACACUAUCUGCUACCUGCUCGAGGGAGCAGCAGAGACUCAUGAACUGACAGAAGGGAGCUCAGCUGAUGUCCACAGUGCCAGGAUUAGUGGGGAGAUCAUGGAGCUCGUCCUGGUGAAAUAUCAGGGACGGAACUGGAGUGGCCAUAUGAAGAUCCAUGAGGGACUGCCAGAGUUCUUCCUUGUGUGCUUCACCAGCAACUCUCUGGACAGCCUGAGUGUGGAUCUGAGUGUUCACGUGGGGCGAGCGAGCGGGCAGAUGGUCUUGUCUGUGUUCAGCCCAUACUGGAUCAUUAACAAGACCUCCCGAGUCCUCCAGUACCGCGCCGAGGAGAUCCAAAUCAAGCACCCUUCCGACUUCCGAGACGUCAUCCUCUUCUCUUUCAAAAAGAAAAAUAUCUUUAGUAAGAACAAGGUUCAGCUGUGUGUUUCUACUAGUACGUGGUCCAGUAGCUUUUCUUUGGACACAGUAGGAAGCUAUGGAUGUGUAAAGUGCCCUGCUAACAACAUGGAUUACCUUGUUGGAGUGAGUAUCCAGAUGAGCAGUUUUAACCUGACCCGGAUUGUGAUGAUGAGCCCAUUCUACACACUGGUGAACAAGUCCUCCUUUGAACUGGAGGUGGGAGAAGUGCAGACCACAGGAACUGUAACAAAUGGGAAAUGGCACUACAUUGCAGCAGCCGAGUGUCUUCCCUUGUGGCCAGAAACUACAACAGGAAAGUUGUGUGUUAGGGUUGUAGGUUCAGAAACGGCAUCCAAAUCCUUUUUCUUCAACAAGCAGGAUAACGGCACCUUGCUGGGCAUGGAUCUGUGUGGAGGAAUUAUAGCAGCUGUAAACAUUGCAGACCAUGCCACAGUGAUCAGUUUCUCAGACUACUAUGAAGGGGCUGCCCCAGCACUCAUUAUAAACCACACGUUGUCGCUGACGCUGAAGUAUCAACAAAGUGGGAACGAGGAGCUUGGGAAAGAGGAGCUGAAACCUGGAGAGGCUAAAUUGUUUGCUUGGAAUAAUCCGGCUGCCAUUAGGAAACUGAGCUGGAGUUGCCCACAGCAAACCGGAGAACUCGAUCUGCUAAAGGAUGAGAGCGGGCAAUUCUGUUAUAAUCGGAACACUCAGAUUCACUGGGUUUCCUUCCUGGAUGGGCGCCAGCGAGUCCUGCUCUUCACAGAAGACGUUGCCAUAGUUACCAAAGCGAGGCAAGCAGAGGAGAUGGAGCAGUUUGAGAAAGAGAUCAAUGUGUCUCUUCAGAAUCUAGGGCUAUCCCUCAUCAACAAUGAAACCAAACAGGAGAUAUCUUACAUUGGAAUCACUAGCUCUGGGGUUGUAUGGGAGAUGAAGCCCAAGCAGAGAUGGAAACCAUUCAAUCAGAAGAAUAUAAACCUGCUGGAACAGACUUACCAGAAGCAUUUAUCUGCCAAUAAGCAGCCUGGCUGGAUUAAGUUACAAGAGAACAAUUUUGAGGUUAACUUCACCAAGUUUCCAAUGGAGAUGCGUCACCCGUUUGCCUGCAACAUCAGACGAAACUUCUUGUCAGGAAUUCAGGCUGAGUUCAAACAGUCCCCACACCAAAGAAGCUUACGAGCUCAGGUGCACUGGCUUCAGGUUGAUAAUCAACUGCCAGGUGCUAUAUUUCCUAUAGUGUUCCACCCUGUACCUCCUCCCAAGUCUAUUGCCCUUGAUUCAGAACCAAAGCCUUUUAUUGAUGUUAGCAUCAUCACUAGAUUUAAUGAGCACAGCCAAGUGAUGCAGUUCAAGUACUUUAUGGCCCUUGUUCAAGAAAUGGCUCUGAAGAUCGACCAGGGAUUUCUAGGAGCCAUUAUUGCCCUGUUUACACCAGCGACAGAUUUAAACGCUGACAAGCAAAAGACAAAGCUCAUUGAGCAGGAUCUUGAAGCCCUAAAAGCAGAGCUAAUGGAAACAUCAAUAACAGAUACGUCAGGACUCGGCUUCUUUGAGCACCUCCAUAUCUCCCCUAUUAAGCUGCAUUUGAGCCUGUCACUCGGCUCAGGAGAGGAGUCAGAUAAGCAGGAUAUGGUAGCUAUCCAAUCCAUCAACCUCUUAUUGAAAAGUAUAGGGGCGACUUUAACAGACGUCGAUGACCUGAUCUUCAAACUCGCUUGCUUUGAAGUGAGAUACCAGUUCUACAGAAGGGACCAGCUGAUGUGGACUGUGAGUGGACAUUAUGGUGAACAAUUUCUGAAACAGAUGUAUGUGCUUGUGUUGGGUCUGGAUGUUCUUGGGAAUCCAUUUGGACUGAUCAGAGGACUUUCUGAGGGAGUAGAGGCCUUCUUCUAUGAACCUUUCCAGGGUGCUGUUCAAGGUCCUGAAGAAUUUGCUGAGGGUUUUGUUAUUGGAGUAAGGAGUCUUCUAGGCCACACUGUAGGUGGUGCAGCAGGAGUAGUGUCACGAAUCACAGGCUCUGUUGGAAAGGGACUAGCCGCCAUCACCAUGGAUAAAGAAUACCAGCAGAAACGCAGGGAGGAGAUAAACCGCCAGCCUAAGGAUUUUGGAGACAGCCUGGCCAAAGGAGGGAAAGGCCUGCUUUGGGGGGUGGUUGGUGGAGUGACAGGAAUCGUUACAAAACCUGUAGAAGGUGCUAAGAAGGAAGGAGCAGCUGGUUUCUUUAAAGGACUCGGUAAAGGUCUGGUUGGAGUCGUGGCUCGACCGACGGGAGGCAUUGUAGACAUGGCCAGCAGCACCUUUCAAGGAAUACAGAGGGUUGCCGAGUCAACUGAAGAAGUUUCUAAAAUACGCCCCCCACGUCUCAUUCGGGACGAUGGAAUCAUCCGACCUUUCAACCAGGGAGAUGCAGAGGGAUACGACUUGUUCCAGCAUGAAAUGGAAUAAGAGCUUCACAUGUUUUCUGUGUAAAAUAUAUAUAUAUAUAUAUAUAUAUAUAUAUAUAUAUAUAUAUAUAUAUAUAUAUAUAUAUAUAUAUAUAUAAUGUAGUAUUGUAUAAACUAUUUGCCUCCAUAAGAUACUGUUCCAACAACAUGCUGUCUAUGGUUGGCUGCUUUGUAGUGGUGUCAGCCAUCUUUGGAAAUUGAUUCUUAAACUGCCAAAUGCUUUUUGCUGACUGCUUGCUACCUGGUUAUCCCUCCUAAUUCUUAUUUUUAAUAACUUUCCUGUGCCCAAGUUAUCCUCCCACCCUGGCAUAAAACAGAGAUGCUUCAACUGUCUUCCAGCAUGCGAUAUGAUUUGGUUUACAGUACCAGCAAUAUGCAUUGUAAAUAACUAGAUACAGUUAAGCAGUGGCAUUCAGGAGUGUUCUUAAAGCUUCUGUAUUCAAAAGCUUCUUCUCAUAUUUGAGGCUGUGAAUUGUUCUUAAAAGAUGCAGUCAACUAUGCGCAGAGGCAGAAAAGCCUUAGGCAAAUGACUGAAACUACAAUCUGUGUAAUAUUGUCUUUAACCACUGAACUCAGAAAACAGCUAACAUUAUCAAACAACAUACUGCCAUAGUUUAUGGAUGUCUAUGUAGGUGGUGCGAUAAAGAAAAUGAUCAGAAGGAAAGAGUUAAAAUAAUAUUACUUUUUAAAUAAGUUUAUUUUAUUUCCAUGAAUAACUGGGUUAUUCAAAGAUAAUAAAACUCAGCUUCCCCAAAUAGUUUUGUAUCAUUAUCUAAAAGCUUUGUUUUUUUAGACCACCUGGAACACUAUUGUGCGAUUUAAAUUGCUUCUUCUGGCAAAACACCUGCACUUAUAUAGCAUUUUUUAUAUUCCAUUUAUUACAUAAAUAAUUCACCUGUAUUUAUUUAGAGCCCUCAUGAAUAAAACUCAGCAGAUGUGCACACUGUACAAGAACACAUAUUAACAUGCAGUGUCCCACAAGUAGCUGGAACAAAAGACGGUUUUAAACUCGAAAUAUUCUUGAGGUUUCUUUUACAACAUUCAUCAAACAACCGGCCUUGUUUACAGUCCAGAUGGUUUACAUUACACAGUAGUAAUUACAUAUACAGUAGUAAGUUCACAUUUUUUUUCUCUUAAAGCUGUGCUAUAGCAUUGCGUUUUCACUCUUAUUAAACAACUUUGAAACCGAGAUUGUAAAAAAUAUAUGUAUAGAACCACAUGGGAUAUUGCAGCACAGUUAGCUUGUCAAGAUAGUUCAAAAUGCCUUGUUUUUGUUUUUACAAGUGGUGAUUUUGCCCGUUUGUCAAACCACGUGGCAGUGAAAAGGAAUAGUCAGAACUUUUGCAUAGAUAUGGCUUGCUUUUGUAUUGCCUGAUCUGUACUAUACAUAUACCUCAUUUCACUUUCGGCUCUCUGUUGCUGCUGAUAUUAAAUUUAAUACACUCCAAACCUCUGCCUUUAAAUAUAUCACUGACUGAGCACAAGAACAUAGCUAAAAAUGAGAUUCAUUAUGAGUAUCUCCUGAAUGCUAAAGCUAACUGUAAAAACUGAUUUUUGUUAGUUACAAAGUAGUUGCCAUCACAUGGUGCCAUUCCGUUACCAAGGGUUUUACUCCAAAAAUGGUCAACUUCAUUAUGUAAAAAAUCCCCCGAAGAACCACCAAGGUGGCGGGUUUCUCUUUAGAAAGCGGAGAACAUUUAUAAAGUCUGCUUCACUGCCUGUGUGAUCUGGUUGAGAUGUUUGUGGUGGGGUUCUGUUUAGAAUUUUGAAAACAUGUUCUUGCUUUCAGCCAGCGAUAACUUAACAAAGCUCAGAAGGAAAGAAAUAAUGAUCAGAUGUUCCAUAACUCACUGUGCUCUAAAGCAUAAUGCAUUGCUAUAGGUUGUGCUUGAACAAGGGCUGUUAAAGUAUCGUAAAAGCUUUUUGUGACGUAUGCUUUGUAAAUGGUUGUACUCUUGACCUCAGAGCUUCCUUGUGUUUUUGAAAUGAUGGGUGAAAAAACAGAACAGGGAAUCAACGGCCUUCACAAAUAUUAUUUCAAGUUGUGGGGAUGGGCAGAAUUCACUUGAGCCUUCAUUUACUUUAUAUCUAUAUGUUUAACCUAGUUUUUACUUGGAUUAUAUGAAGAAAAUAAUGUUGUAAAUAAAAUUACAUUAGUAGAAGUGUGAAGUAGGUUUCUAACUGUAUUUGAAAUAAAAGUUGUUUUAUGGGGAAAUUAUAACGAAUUUGACUGAACGGAUUAUAAAUUGAACAGAUUAAAUAAAUCAGGUUACCCUGCCCAAUCCUAAAAAAAAAAAAAAAAAAAUGCUGGCAUUCUAUUUAUUAUUUCUUUUGUUUGCCUUAAAACAAUUAUUCAGACACGUGUGUUUGUGUUAUUUAUCGUCUUGUAGCUGAAAGUUGUAUUUUUGAAGUACUUUAUAGGUUAUAUCUAUCCAUUUGUUUAAGGUAAACUUAGACAAUAACUUGUACAAAUAAACGGUUCUAUAUAUUUA